AUGGUGACUCUUGAUGCCACGGUUCUUCAAUGGAUUUAUGCUACCAUCUCUACUGACCUGUUGCAUACUAUCCUUGAACCCGACUCCAUGGCCAUGGAGUCGGGUUGUAAUAGGCUACGUGACAUAUUCCAGGACAACAAAAAUGCUCGAGCCGUCACUCUUCAGCAUGAAUUUUCUCACACCAAUAUGGAGGACUUCCCUAAUGCUUCCGCGUAUUGUCAACGACUCAAGAUUCUAUCCGAUCAACUCAGGAACGUAGGUGCUCCAGUCUCAAACAACCGCCUCGUCCUUCAAAUGGUAGCCGACCUCACUGAAGCCUAUAAGGGGGUAGGUACAAUCAUCCGUCAAAGAAAUCCCCUUCCUCUCUUUUAUCAAGCCCGUUCAAUGCUCAUUCUUGAAGAAACAGGCUUUACCAAACAGCUUGCUACGGGAUCCAUUACCGCCAUGCUUGCUCGAGAUUACAAUGAUAAUCCAUCUUCUGGAAAUAACCACACAAACCGUCAGAAUAACAGUGGUAAAAAGCAUCAAAACCGCAGCAACAAUGGUGGAAAGAACCGCGGCAGAGACGGUGGCAGCAGGGACGGUGGCAACCUAAACAGUGGUGGUUUCGGUGGUGGACGCGGCAGCUGGCAGCAGCACCACGACUAG